CGCAUUUUGUAAAGCCAAAAACAAAAUGAUUCAGGGAAAGAGGCCAAAACAGGUCUCUAUUUCUCGCUUUCUCUCCCAUGUACUGCCUAAAACCCAGCAAGUUUAAUUCCAUUUUUAACCUGGACUUGUUCCCAAAAUUACCUAUCUGACUGAGUGUCGUCAGUCAUGGAGGUUCCCAUGGGAUUUGCGGCCAAGCUAUGGAGCUUCAUCGCCUUCUUGCCCUUCUUUUCACUGCUCCUUACCCUUGGCCUACUCAAAGCUGCCCUAAUCGGACCAGUUGCAGUAGGAAUCACUUUGGUUGGGAAUUCAGCUGUCAUAAUUGGGCUUUGGCCUGCACAUUGUAUUUGGACUUAUUACUGUAUGGCAAGAAGCAAGAAGCUUGGACUGGUUCUGAAGAUUCUGGUACUGUUAUCACUGCCACUGCCUCUCGUCCUUUGGCCGCUUCUUGGAAUUGUUGGUAGCCUUUUGGGUGGAGUGGGAUAUGGCAUUUUUACUCCUCUUAUUGCAACAUUUGAGUCUUCUGGAGAAAAUUUCAGUGACAAAUUCUACCACUGUUUUGCAGAUGGUUGUUGGUCCACUAUCAAAGGAAGCCUCACGGUGGUGCAAGAUUUUACAGAUUUUUGCUUUCACUCGUACUUUUCCUACAUGGAUGAUCUAAUUGAGAAGAUACCUGCAGAUGCAAAGCCCAUGGACAUAAAGUUAGCAAGAUUGCCGAGCUGUUUGUUGGCGUGCCUGGUUGGUGUUCCAGUGGAUGUCCUUUUCAUUACAGCAGUUUCCUUGUGGAAAAGCCCAUACAUGCUGUUCAAAGGUUGGAAGAGGCUUUUAGAAGACUUAAUUGGCAGGGAAGGUCCAUUCUUGGAGACUGUAUGCGUUCCAUUUGCUGGUCUUGCCAUCAUGUUAUGGCCUUUAGCUGUCAUUGGAGCUGUUAUAGGUGCUGUUAUCUCCAGCUUCUUCUUGGGACUAUACAGUGGCAUUGUUGUUCACCAGGAAGACUCACUGCUUAUGGGACUUUCCUACAUUAUUGCGGUGAUUUCGAUGUUUGAUGAAUAUGUAAACGAUUUACUCUACUUGAGAGAGGGAUCCUGCCUGCCAAGGCCCAUUUACCGUAGAAAAAUGAUCUCCAGCCUUAUCACUAAAAUGCUAGACAACAACGAUUUGAAGAAUAAGAGACAAGCUUCACACAUUUCAAAACUUGUCUCACAACAGUCAGGAACCUUGAAAUGGGCAGUCCAGCAGUAUAAACCAAUGCAGGUAUGGGACUGGCUAUUUAAAUCCUGCAAGGUAAAUGGCAGGAUACUCAUCCAUAAUGGGAUGAUAGAUCUCAAAGACAUUGAAGAAUGCAUUCUGAAGGGUGAUUGUAAGAAGUUGGGCAUUAAACUGCCUGCUUGGUCGAUAUUACAAUGUCUGCUUGCAUCAGCAAAGUCCAACUCAUCUGGAUUGGUGAUAUCUGAUGAUGUGGAACUGACAAGGACAAAUGCGCCAAGGGAUAAAGUUUUUGAGUGGUUCAUUGGGCCCUUAUUGAUCAUGAAAGAGCAAUUAAAGGCAUUUCAAUUGGACGAGAAGGAAGAGAUCUGUCUCAUAGAACUGUUUAUGAAAUGUAAAAAUGAUAAUCCUGAGGAGUGGGAUAGCACUGAAUUUUCGUCUAGUGAUAACGUAAGAAGGGCUCAGUUGCAGGCUAUAAUUAGAAGAUUGCAGGGUCUUGUGGCUUCCCUAUCUCGUAUACCAACCUUCAGACGUCGGUUUAAGAAUUUAUUGAAGUUAUUAUAUGUAGAAGCAGUUGAGGCAAAAGCUUCAGACAAUCAUGUAGGUGAAAUCUUUGCAGCGAAAAAUGGUGGCAGGAAUUCCGUUCAAAAUGAUGAUAGAGGAGUUAGAGAGGAGACUGUGAACAAAGCGGAAUACAGUACAAUUGACAUGGAAAAUGGAGUAUGACAAGCUUUUUGUAAAAGUUACACUUUCAUGGUAAUUACGAUAUGGAAUAGUGGGGAUGUUUGUAUAUGUUUACAUUGUAUAAAAAGAUUGCAAGUUGGGGUUUAGAAAAGAACCUUCAAACAUAGUUUGAAGAUUUUGAUGUGUAAUCCGACUUAUUUACCAAUGAAAAACAUUUGCUGUGAUUGAAUCUGGGCCAA